AUGUAAUUGAUCAUUAUGAAAAUGGAUGACGCCCGAGUUUCAGAUUAGUAAUUCCAAAUUGGAUGAUCGUUCAAAAAAAAUGUCCCAGUCUGAGCUCAUUUUCCCCCCACCGAGUUGUGGCGUACAUAAAUGGCGCUGCUUUUGAGGAAUUAAACGUUCCAUUUUGACACAAAUUGAUGUCAUAGAAACAAACUUCAUACGUAAUUGCCCACGUUUAUGAUGAUAAAAUAUUGAAUGUUAGUAACAUUGACCCCAUGUGUAUCUUUGAUAUUCAACUAUGAACGGAGUUCAACAUGGUGUCGAUAAUGGUGUAAUAAUUUAGGUCUGACUAGCCAUGGAUGACUCACUGGUGCUGAAGAAACGGGGAUAUACACUGGGCAUCAGUUUAGGCGAGGGGUCAUACGCAAAAGUAAAAUCCGCGUAUUCUGAGCGUCUGAAGACCAAUGUUGCUAUCAAAAUUAUUAACAGAAGAAAGGCGCCGGCGGAUUUUUUGGAGAAGUUCUUACCCCGGGAACUGGAGAUCCUUGCAUCCCUAAAUCACCGAAACAUCGUCAAGACCUUCGAGAUAUUCGAGACUUCAGAAGGGAAGGUGUACAUGAUUAUGGAGCUUGGUGUGCAAGGGGACCUACUAGAGUUCAUCAAAUUCAGGGGUGCUUUGCCCGAGGAUUUCACCAGAAAACUGUUCAAACAACUGUCACUUGCAAUACAAUUUGCACACGACCUAGAUGUUGUUCACAGGGACCUGAAAUGUGAAAACCUGCUAUUGGACAAAGACUUCAACCUCAAAGUGUCAGAUUUUGGAUUUGCCAGGAGGAUCAAUUAUGAUGAUGCUGGACAAAUGAUUCUCAGCAAAACAUUCUGUGGCUCUGCAGCCUAUGCAGCACCAGAGGUAUUACAGGGGCUCCCAUACAAUGCCAAAGUGUAUGACGUUUGGAGUAUGGGGGUCGUUCUAUUCAUCAUGCUCUGUGGGUCUAUGCCAUAUGAUGACUCCAACAUUAAGAAGAUGCUGAAGAUUCAGAAAGAGCAUCGCGUUGACUUCCCACGCAGCAAAACUGUCCCUACGGAGUGCAAAGACCUGAUGUAUCGCAUGCUUAAUCCAGAUGUAGCCCAGAGGAUAGAGAUCGAUGAUAUCCUUGAACAUGUAUGGGUGCAGUCAAAAUCCAAAUCACAUGAUGGUUCUAAGAGACGAGAAGAUGGACCUUCAUCUGAAGCUGCUUGCUCCAAAAAAGAAAGGAAGGGUGAAAGUAGUAAGCAUCCUCAUGGCAAUGAGAACAAGAAAGGGGAAAAAGUGGAGGUUGAGGCAGAAUUGGGCCCUAAACUUUCUGUGGAGGGCAAAAAGGCAGCUGAACCAUCUAAGCACACCAAGAAAGAAUCAUCCCCAGAUGCAAGGAAUGACAUCCCUGCUGAUUCAUGUUGAAAUGCUGGAUUCUUUUCCACCAAAUUAGUUACAAAUAAAUUAAGCAUACAUCUUUGUUAAGAUUAACCAUAUAGACUUAGUUACAUUUCUUCAGAUGUUGAGUUUGCUAUGAUAAAAGGUGAGCGUCAACAUUUCAGGUUUACAAACAAAUCACUCGAAGGCAUUUUUUAGGUUGAAAACUGAAAUAUCAUAUUGCAGAAAGAGGCAUACAAAAUAGAGGCUUACAUGAACAUUAUAUUUACAAAAAUCAUUGAAGCCUCAUCGUAACAUUCACUAAAAUUCUAAUCCUUUUAGUCUAUGUACAAUUAUGGGAUCUCUCUGGAAGCCACAGAUUUCAGUAAUCCAGUCUUGGAACGUUUCAAACACAGUACAUGCUAUGCCUUUCUUUCCAACACCCUAAGAAGAGUAAUGACCUGAGCUUUGCAACUAUCCUUGAAUUCAGAGUUUACAUUUCGACUCUUUGCCCUUUGUGCACAGACUGUUCCAGUCAUAAAAGUCCAUAAAAUCCAGAGGGAGGGCAUGGGUUGGGGUAGAGAGAAACACCCCAUGGCCAGUAAUUUGCUUGAGUUCACUUCCUCAAGAUAACUGUUCUUUCUCGAUUUUGCUUUACCACGGUCAGAAGAAGUCAGAGGCUUUCCUCC